UUGUGCCGUUUGUGGAUAAGGUGCACGUGUUAGUUUUUCUCCAAAUCAAUUUUAUGUUUUAAACUCAUGAAAGAAAAAAAGUAAUUAAGAGGACACGUUUGGAAGCUUUGGGAGUGUUAAAGUGCAUGUUAAUUUUUCUUUAAAGUGAAAUGGGUCGAAAAGCAAAAUUCGAUGGAAAGGCGAGUCCAAGUGGUCCUGGAAGGAAAGCUAAGAAACAGGGCGAACCAACGUUUCCUGCAGGAUUGUUAAAUAAAAGUAAUGACUCUCUCAGCCAUCGACAGAAACAAAGAGCAAAGAAACGCCAAUUAAAAGAAUUGCAGAAAAAGGAAAAGUUGCUUUUGAAAGGAAAGAAAGGUAAAAAGUCUGUCGAGGCGGCAGAAAAUUUAAACGAAAAUGGUGCCACGGAUAGCGAGAUUGACACAAGCUUCGCUAAACCGAGUAGAAGUUCGAUUAUACAGAAGAAAAAACCAAAAGCCUUUUCGAUGAGAUUAAAACCUGAUAGUGACAAUUCAGAGGGUGAAGUUGAACAAGAAGAUGAAAAUUCGGAAGAUGAAUGGGAUGGAGGGAACGUAUCAGAUGAGGGGCUUUUGAAACCUCUUAGUCAAAAGCACAUGAAAAAAAGGAAACUGAAGGCAAAUCAGGCUGAGAAACGAAAGGCGAAGAGAUCGAGAUUUGUAGCGCCAGCAGAAGAAGAAGAAGAAAAAGAUGAAAAUGAGGAUAAAGAAGAGGAUGUGGAAGAUGAGAAAGAAAGCGAAGAAGAAGAGGAGGAGGAGGAGGAGGAGGAAGAAGAGACCAAUAAUUAUAUACAAAAUCCAAAAGCCGAUAGUGAUGAAGACUCUGAUGAUGAUUCAGAAGAAGAAAACGGCGAUAAAGAAAAUGAUGAUGAUUUGCUACCUAUAGAAAAGGCAAACAAGAAGUUGCAAAAGAUGGUGAAAGAGAAUCGAAAAAUGGCGGAUGCAGAAAUGGAGGACAUGAGUUCUCGGCAACAAGUCUUUCAAUUCCCAACGGAAGAAGAACUUGCGAAUCCUGGAGACUUGACCGAUGUUCAAAAUAGAAUACGAGACGUCAUAAUGGUUUUGUCGGACUUUAAAAACCUUAGAGAGGAAGGGAGAUCGCGUUCCGAGUACCUGGACCUCCUCUGUAAAGAUCUCUGCAUCAACUUUAGUUACAAUACAUUCCUGAUGAAGAAGCUGAUGCAGAUUUUCCCCCUCAACGAACUUAUGGAGUAUUUGGAAGCGAGUGAUGUUCCGAGGCCAGUCACAAUUAGGACGAAUACUUUGAAGACUCGUCGUAGGGACUUAGCACAGGCUUUGAUCAACCGAGGAAUGAACCUGGACCCAAUUGGAAAUUGGACGAAGAUCGGAUUGGUCGUUUAUUCGUCUCAAGUUCCGUUGGGCGCGACUCCAGAGUACCUGGCUGGUCAUUAUAUGAUCCAGGGCGCCUCGAGUUUUUUGCCAGUGAUGGCGCUAGAUCCAAAGGCGAACGAGAGGAUCCUCGACAUGAGUGCUGCCCCUGGCGGAAAGUCUUCGCACAUUGCAGCCCUCAUGAAAAAUACGGGCGUGCUUUUCGCGAACGAUCCCAGCGACGACAGACUGAAAGCUGUUAUCGGCAACUUUCAUCGGCUCGGGAUCACAAACUCCGUAAUCUGCAAAUUUGAUGGUCGAAAAAUUCCCGGGGUGUUAAAGGGUUUCGACCGAGUUUUACUCGACGCUCCCUGCACCGGAACUGGAGUCGUCGCCAAAGAUCAGAGCGUGAAGAUAAACAAGGACGAAGUGGAUGUCCAGCGCUGUUGCACUUUACAGCGAGAACUCCUCCUGGCGGCAAUUGACGCUGUCAAUGCAAAAUCCGGAACCGGAGGUAUCAUAGUCUACUCGACGUGCUCCAUUCUUCCGGAUGAAAACGAGAGGAUAAUUGACUACGCGCUGCAGAGAAGAGAUGUCAAAUUGGUGCCAGCUGGUUUGGAAUUUGGCGCUGAAGGAUUCACGAGCUACCGGCAGUACAGAUUUCAUCCGUCUAUGAAACUGACGAGGCGAUUUUAUCCUCAUACACAUAAUAUGGAUGGAUUCUUUGUUGCAAAACUGAAGAAGUUUUCGAAUAUCACGAAUAAAAUUAUCAAGCCGGAUCAGAAUCCGGAUGAGGACCUGGAUUCGGAUUAAGGUACGGCGUAGAAUUAAUUUUAUUCCAUUUUCUCACGACAAAAUAAAUCGUGUUUAUAGUAA